ACACUGGGGCUGCAGGGAUGGCGUCCAGGGCGGGGAGGUCGGGCCCUGGCGCGGGGCGCACGCGUGAAGCGGCACCGCACGUGUGAAAGGAAUUCUUUUCAGAGCGGCCGGGAGCCCUGCUCGGGAGGAACGCACCCGGGUCGCCGCCGCGGCAGAGCGGGGUUAGGAAUCUGAAGCAAUGGGCGACUGGAGCUUUCUGGGAAGACUCUUAGAAAAUGCACAGGAGCACUCCACGGUCAUCGGCAAGGUUUGGCUGACCGUGCUGUUCAUCUUCCGCAUCUUGGUGCUGGGGGCCGCGGCGGAGGACGUGUGGGGCGAUGAGCAGUCAGACUUCACCUGCAACACCCAGCAGCCGGGCUGCGAGAACGUCUGCUACGACAGGGCCUUCCCCAUCUCCCACAUCCGCUUCUGGGCGCUGCAGAUCAUCUUCGUGUCCACGCCCACCCUCAUCUACCUGGGCCACGUGCUGCACAUCGUGCGCAUGGAAGAGAAGAAGAAAGAGAGGGAGGAGGAGGAGGAGCAGCUGAAGAGAGACAGCCCCAGCCCCAGGGAGCCGCCGCAGGACAAUCCCUCGUCGCGGGAGGACCGCGGCAGGGUGCGCAUGGCCGGGGCGCUGCUGCGGACCUACGUCUUCAACAUCAUCUUCAAGACGUUGUUCGAGGUGGGCUUCAUCGCCGGCCAGUACUUUCUGUACGGCUUCGAGCUGAAGCCGCUCUACCGCUGCGACCGCUGGCCCUGCCCCAACACGGUGGACUGCUUCAUCUCCAGGCCCACGGAGAAGACCAUCUUCAUCAUCUUCAUGCUGGCGGUGGCCUGCGCGUCCCUGCUGCUCAACGUGCUGGAGAUCUACCACCUGGGCUGGAAGAAGCUCAAGCAGGGCGUGACCAGCCGCCUCGGCCCGGACGCCUCCGAGGCCCCGGUGGGGACGGCCGAUCCCCCCUCUCUGUCCCCCAGCUCCCGGCCCCCCGCCGUUGCCAUCGGGUUCCCGCCCUACUAUACGCACGCCGCUGCGACCCUGGGACAGGCCCGUGCCGUGGGCUACCCCGGGGCGCCGCCGCCAGCGGCGGACUUCAAAAUGCUAGCCCUGACCGAGGCGCGCGGAAAGGGCCAGUCCGCCAAGCUCUACAACGGCCACCACCACCUGCUGAUGACUGAGCAGAACUGGGUCAACCAGGCGGCGGAGCAGCAGCCCCCGGCGCUCAAGGCCUACCCGGCAGCGUCCACGCCCGCAGCCCCCAGCCCCGUCGGCAGCAGCUCCCCGCCACUCGCGCACGAGGCCGAGGCAGGCGCGGCGCCCCUGCUGCUGGAUGGGAGCGGCAGCAGUCUGGAGGGGAGCGCCCUGGCAGGGACCCCCGAGGAGGAGGAGCAGGCCGUGACCACCGCGGCCCAGAUGCACCAGCCGCCCUUGCUCCUCGGAGACCCAGGUCGGGCCAGCAGGGCCAGCAGCGGGCGGGCCAGACCGGAGGACUUGGCCAUCUAGUGCCCGGGUGCUUGCCUCCAGACAGCUGCGUAGUGAUCUUCUUCUUAGAAACCAAAACCAAAGUGCACUUCCCACCAGCAGAUAGAACCUGAAAGUGUGCGACUGGAGUCCCAGGAGGUGGACGAUGGAGGAGAGAUCAGGUUUCCGUGUUCAAUGCUUGCUAUUCUUAGCACUGUGAGUUACAGCGGGGAUAACUCCCACUUUCUGAGUUUGGGGGUGGCGGGGACAAGGGUUGUGGGCCUCUAAGAUCUUCACAGCAGCCCAGAAGUCUGGUCGCUGAGGGCUGUCUCUGGGGGUAACUGUUCUGUAGUGGUAAAGCAACAGGUAUCCUGCAGUCCCUUCAGCUCCGGGGCAAUUGGAUUUGCUAUUCUUAAGCUCUCCAGAGCCUCUGGGCAGCCCAGAGGGUCAUAGAGGCACUUAGCUCUAUCUCUGUUUGAUACUUUUAACUUAGAGUUGGAUUUCAUUUGGGAUAUUUGCCAAACUGCACUAAAAAAAGAUUUACAGCAAGUCUAUGUAGUGUCAUUUGAGUUUCCAAAAUUGCAUGUGAAGCACAGGAUAUCAAGCUUUAGGCUUCAUGACAAGUGACAAAGAGCAGUUACCCUCCAGAGGCAGGCUCAGUGGGCAAGGGCCCCAGAGGUUGCUGGCAGAAGGCAGGUGGAGUUGCAGCCACACCUGAGGCCAUUUUUAAACAGUUGAGGAAAUUGACAUAAAAGUGUGUCGGGUAUGCCGUAGGUAUUUAUUUUCUAAAUGAUUAUUUUGUGCUUUGAAUGGUACAGCUAUGCCUAUUUUCUCCCACUUUCUUUCAGGAAAAAUGAAAGAAAAAUAGUGUUUUUCUUUCUUUAAAUACUGUUAGAAUGAUUACUGACCAAGACAGUGCUAAUUUGUCCUAAUGCAUGCUAGUAAAGAUUUUAAACUUUCUUUUAAAAGAAAUUCUUUAAUUUCAUGAGUCACCUAAUUAUAAUGAGAAUGUAUUAUAUAAAACAAAAGCAGGGGAAAGUUUUAAGUACAUUCAAAUGGAAGUUCUGAAGAUUUUGAAUGGGAAGUGAAAAGUGAACUACUAUUGCCCGGAAAAUUAUUUAUACAGAUGAAUCUGUGACAAUCUACACUUUAAAAAAGUACAGAAUAAAACACUUCAAGCUUCCUAAUCAUUCUUUGUGGGCAGCCUGUUUGCUUUCUCCAGUGUAAAUAAUAUGUGUCUGGGGAUCCCUGCCUGGGGGCGGGCGCAUGCUCAUGCAGGCUGUAUGCCCCAUUCUCCCUCCACACCAGAGCUGUGCUGACAGGGAAGGCUAUUUAUGUGUGUGGGCAUGGCUGGAAGAUGGCAGAAUUUUCUGUCCUGCACACACAGCUGUGGUAUCUUGGUCACCAUUUGUUUAUAAAAUGAAUGAUGGUCAUGUUGAGCCUGUUUCUACUCACACUUUUCACCUCCAACUUCUACUGAGUAUCAUUAGCCCUUGUUCAGCAAGACCAAUGUAAUACAUUUCUUUUUAUAAAUUAACUUCUCGAUGAUGCAUUUGGGACCACACUCCAAACAUACUUUCUGUUUUCUAUCAUAAAGGGUGCUCCACUAACAAUCUGAUGAAAGGAAUGCAAUUUCCAACUCUCAGAUUCUUGCAUGCAACUAGUUUUUCAUGUCAGUCAAACACAAAGAAUUUGUUAGUACAUUCUGCUUGCUGUAGGAUGCACUGGACAGGCUCCUAGGCUUGAAAAAUGCUAACUUUUCCAUACAGCUCCUCAGAGACUUUCUCAACCAGAUUGAGAAAGACAGCAAUUAGCCCUUUGGAAAACUGUGAGUGACUUUCUCACUUCUGUCCAGGCUGGUGCAUAACUACAGCCAUUCUAGAUGCAUAACUUCUCUCCAAAGUUAACUCAUUACAUGCAGUGUAUGCCAUAGGCCUAGGGCAGCAGGACUUAGUUCUCGUGAGUGAUAAGGGCUGCUAGAAGAUCCUAGUGUGAGAAGCAUUCUGAUAAAAAGCUUUGGCCAUUUUAGAAAAUGCAAUAGCAAUCAUCCAAGAGCACAAGUACAGCUCAAGUACAAGUGGAUGUGAAUACUUGGUUCUUUAAGUUCUACCAUAAUAAAUGUUCAUAACGGUAACAAGCUUCUUGUUUACCCACAAUUUGAUUUUGAGUGGGGUUGGAGAUGAGUAUGAGAACUCAAAUUGUAUUUAGUUUUUACAUUUUAAAAUUGAAUUUAGUCACAAUCUGUUUAUGGAAAUGCCAGUAUUGUACCACUGACCAUGGUCUAGUGGACCCAUUUAGAGUGGACAGGAGUGUAGAAUUAGAUUCACCUACUUGAAAAUCACUAAUCUAUAAAGAAGUGAGGUUUUGCAGUAGAACAGUGCCUGUGGUGUUUUUUCAGGUUAGCAUACUGAUUUCAGUUCAUGUAAGAAAUGAAAGCAUGUCUUACAUCCUUUUGCUCUUUGAGAUAUCCGUGAUUCUAAAGGCUGGGUCCUUCUCUCUCGGGCAGUGUGGAAUUGUUCUCUACUCAACUAGUCCUUUAAGACAUGGAAACAUGCAAUAAAAAUAGAAAUUGCCUCUCUCUGUGGGCAAGAUUCCAGACCUUUUUUUUUCUAGCCUGGAGAUUUCACUGAAACUAUUUUACUCUUGAUUUAUUAGAAAGUUUUAAAAAAAUCUCUAAGCCUAUUUUAAAACUUAAAUGCUACACCUAUAGCAUUUGAGUGUUAUAUUUACAUACAUGGUUUUUAAGCUGCUGUAUACAAUUACUUCUUAUAUCCCUGUUUUUAUAAAAUGUUAAACAUCACUAUAGUUACAGUACCAAAAAACAUUUUUUAAAUUCUAAAACUAUUUCUUAUAUUAUCACUCACUUUGUCCUUUUUAAACUUUUAAUGGCUAUUCUUGUAUUUUUUAAAUAAAAUCGACACCAAUAAAUCCUUAAAUUUACAAAAGAAAAAUAGCAAGCCAGCAUCUCUCUCAUUUAUCCUGGAUUUCUUUGGCUCUGGACAAGUAAGUGGAUAGAUCAUAGAAUUCCUACACAAGAAUACCUAGAAUAAUAACUAUGAAUAUAAUUUAAACAUCACUUUACAGAAAAUUAACCCAAUAGGGUUUAGGUCUCCUUUCACCUUAGGCUUUUUAAAAAGUAUUAUUAACACUGUCUUUAAUUAUUUUGUAUUACUGAAUAAACUCCUUUUUUCUGAAUUUUUUGAACUUCUGAUAUUUGUAACACUAAUUCGUGAAUCUCCACCAAAGUAAAUACUUAUAGAGAGUAUUGCGUGAUUUAAGAGAGUAAAUGUGUUUUCCAAAGAUGAAUAGAGUCCUGCCACCAUCACCACCCACCCCUACAAAUUGAGGAUAUCCUAAAUAACCUUUAAUAUAACAUAUGGACAUUGGACAUUUAAGGUCAGGGAAGGCACUUUUCUUCCUAAUUUUAUAUUACAGUGCAAAUCUUGGGUUGACUCACUCUAAGGUUUCUGACUGCCCAAAAGAUUUUUUCCCCUUUACAUUACAGAACAUCAAAACAAGGCAAACAAGUUAGGGAUUUGAAUAACAGAGCAACAAACUGUUUCCAGAAAGUACCAUAUUUGAAGCUGUUUGGUGUGUAAAUGUUCAUUUAGCUCAUAUAUUUACAAAACUCUUACUAAAACUUAAUUUUUAUGCCAUAACAGUGUCUUUCCUGGAUUACAUUGUAACUGGAAGUAAACAUUUUCUAAAAUAAUAAAAGUGGCCUUAAGUUUAAA